AUGGCCUAUGACCGCUACGCAGCCAUCUGCCGACCUCUUCACUACCUGGUCAUCAUGAACAGCCAGGUGUGUGAUGUCCUCGUAGUGGCUUCUGCUCUCGGAGCAUUUAUCCAUUCAAUCCUGCAGGUGCUGAUUGUUCUCGGACUUCCCUUCUGUGGCCCCAAUCAGAUAGACCACUAUUUCUGUGAUGUGUUCCCCUUGCUGAAGCUGGCCUGCGCCGACACUAGCCUGUGGGUGAUCGCAAUCAUUACCACCACAGGGGGGCUGUCCAUUUUGACCUUUGUGGCCUUGGUCAUUUCUUACGUCAUCCUCCUGUCCACGCUGCGGACCCGCUCCUCCGAGGGCCGCCGCAAAGCCCUCUCCACCUGUGGCUCCCACGUCACCGUCGUGUUCUUGUUCUUCUUGCCCCUCAUCUUCACCUAUGUCCCCACGGCUGAUUCUGUCGGUAACGACAAGAUUUUUGCCCUGUUUUACACCGUGAUCGCCCCCAUGUUCAACCCUCUCAUCUACACACUGAGAAACACAGACAUGCAGAAUGCCAUGAGGAAAGUGUGGUGCUGA